AUGCCCCUGCCGCCGGACCUCGCCGGCUGCAUCGCGGAGGCGCGCGGCCUGCUGGACCGGCUGGAGCGGCAGGCCCAGCUGGCCAUCGACGAGGCGCGCAAGAAGGCCAGCGAGCACGGGGCGGAGAUCGAGACGAAGGUGACGGAGCUGGAGGACGAGCUGGACAAGGAGCGCGGGGAGACCAAGCGCCUCCGUGCGACGCUGGGCAAACGCGACGACGAGAUUAAGCGGCUGGAGGACCAGAGGGACAACCUCGAGGACCGGAGCCGCCGCGAGGCCCCUGCGCGCCAGGAGCGGGACGCCGGGCGCGGCCGGCGGAGCUGGAGCCGCCAGCGGGAGGCGGGCGGUCGCCGGACGGAGACCUCGCGCAGCGCCCGCCGCGGCGCUGGCGGCGGGGGCGGCCGCCCUCGCAGCAGGAGCAAGAGCAUCGCGCGGGUGCCGCCGACCCAGGGCAGAGGAGCCGGCGACGCGCGCGAGCAGAACAGGGAGCGCAGCCCUCUGCCGCGGGAGCCCCCCAAGAAGCCGUGGCAGCAGCAGGCGCGUGACCGGGACGCCGCCGCCUGGCGCUCUGGGCAGCAGCAGAGGGACGCCCGCCGAGACGACGGCGCCCAGCGCGACGAGCGCCGCCGGGACGACGGCGUCCGCCAGCCGCCGGAGCCGCGCAGGAGCGGCGGCACGGCGCCGUCCUCGGCGCCGCCGCCGCCACCCCCGCCGAAGCCGACGCACGCGCCAGCGCCCGAGGGAGGCGGCGGUGAGGCCUCCAAGUCGCGGUCGCGCUCGGGGUCGGUGCACCUGAAUGUCCGGAUGCCCCAUAACACCGCGUACGACGGCGGGACGGUUGAGGCCGAGGUCAUAAACAGACCCGCCCUGAACAGCGGCGAGAUGACCGUGUGGCAGGCUCAGAUCCAGAUGUUCCUGAGCAACUACGCGGGCACCAAGCGGCCGGUUGACAUCCGGGGCCCCCCCCGCAAGACGGAGGAGGAGGCCCGGAGCGACGCCGACAAGCUGACCGCGGCCUCCGUGAGGGGCCCCGGCGACGUGCGGAAGCUCGCCAACGGCCUGCACCGCGGCUAG